AUGGUCACGCGACGCAAAUGUAUCCUCUUUGCCCUUUUGACCUGCCUGGUUGCCCCCACCGGGGCUUCCCUGCCUUUUCAGUUUGAGAGGAAUGCCACCCUUGUUGGAGAUGGUUGUACAGAUCUUAAAUGGACAGUUGACAGGGAAGCACUCAAGAUAACUCUACAAUGGAAGAGUGAAGUUGGCGCUGAAUGGACAGCAUUUGGCAUAUCAGAAUAUGGAGGAAUGAAAGGUGCUGACAUUGCUGUGGUCAAGUUCGGUGGAGGAGACAAUGGGGGCUUCCAGGUUGAGGAUAGAUUCUCCACUGAAUAUGGGCUUCCAAAGGUAGACUUUAUUAAGAAUGUCAAGCUCCUUGAGGCCCACCAUGAUGAUGAAGGAAGGAUUCAGGCUACAAUUGAAAGGAACUUGUUCACUUGUGAUGAAGAAGACAUUGACAUUGCGGCCCACCAGCAAUACAUCAUCUGUGCCUCCGGCUAUCUUGCAGAAGACCAAGACAUGCUUUACCACGGCCCAGACCGGGCAACAGGAGUGGUCAAUUUCAUGAUCAAUGAAGAACUCUUAUUCCAACGCAAGCUUGUGGCACCUCCAGCUGAUGCUCCAAAAACUUACUUGGGGGAUGGAAUGGUAGUCCACGGAAACCUGGACGCUGCUGUGACCCCUUUGCCUUUGGACAUUCAAAUGAACAACAUUUCUCUGGACUCUAAUGUCUCAACACACUAUGUGUGCGAGGUUUUCAACAUCUCCAAACCCAUUACCUACACAGCAUAUGAGGCUGUGUGGGGAGAAGGCAACACAGGUGGGGAUGGUGACAGAAAUGAAUUUCUCCACCAUCAGCACUUUUUCUUCUGCCCACAACCACCAGCUGACAUUGUAUCACACAUGGAUGGACAGCCCUGGGACUGUCUUAAUAAUGUGCCCGCCUGUGAUAUUAUUUUUGGCUAUGCAGUGGGACAACGUCUGGUGGAAGGCCCCCCUGGCUUACAUGCAGAUCUCAAUGCAGGGAUCCAUGUCCUAUUGGUUCACUAUGAAAACCCUUUUGGCAAGCCGAUUGUGAAUGAGUCUACUGGCUUCAGGCUCUGGAUCCAACCCCCAUCUCUUGAUUCGGCAGGCACCCAGCCAGGACAGAUUGCUUCCCAUGGUGGUUUGUUUCAAUCAUUGGUAAUCCCCGCUGACCCAAUUCAGAAAGAAGUUACUCUGCAGUUGCUAAUCUCAGCAGAAGCUACAAAAGAAUUUCUGCCUCGAGGGGGUGUCCAGGCCAUGGGGAGCUUGUUGCACAUGCACAAACUAGGAACUCGGGGAAGGGUCAGCUUGAUCAGGAAUGGCACGCACAUCAUGGAUGUCUACAAUCACAAAUCAUAUGAUUAUGCACGACAAAGUGCAGACUCUACCCGCUGGAGGUUCCUUCCUGGGGACGCCCUUAUUAUUUCAUGCACAUAUCGGCCUCUUGUUGAUAGAGAUGUAGUUGGAGGCUACAGCGUUGAUGAUGAAAUGUGUCAUUUUUACGUGGGCUGGGCACCAGCAGUGCCAAACUAUGGGAGGCCUAUGGGGGUCUAUGUCAGGGAAGGAGAACCUUUCAAGAAUACACCUAUUGGAAACAACAUCACAGUGAAUGCUAAUCAAGGACACCUACCAUACAGUGACUUUAAGUAUCCACCCACUCCCAAGAGCAGCCAUGACUUUGUCCAACUCUCUGACCACCGCAGGAAUAUCUGCAAGCCAUUGCUAAUGGAGAUGACAGAAUCCAACACAAUCACCUAUGGCGACCCAGCUGUUUAUGCACAGCUUGUCGCCAUUGCUGCUUUUGUGGGAGUCACUCUCCUUUCCAGCAAAAAGUUCGUGAGGUUUCUUGGAAUCCACACUUGUGACUUGAGGGAACGGCGCAAUGCUGUGGUCUACCUUGGUGAGCUCAUGUUCAGCACAGUGGCACUUCCGAUUGUGUGCAUGGAUCUGGCUUCGAUCUAUAAGGAAGAUGCCACCUUCAAUGGUGUGGAUCCCGAUAUGCUUACUAUCUCGCGAGGUCUCAUAAUGACCCAAGCUGUGCUGUAUUUGAUGGAACUUUUCUAUCGAAUUGAUGUCCGUUGGUCACUUGUCCUACACCAUAUCACGACUUUGUGUACCAUGAUGUAUCUGAUUGUGGUCGCUGUUGUCAAUUUCAGUCUUUUGGCCUUCAAGUUCGGAAUGGCCUUGAUUAUCUUGGCAAUGUCAGAGCAGCCCUUGUACAUUGUACUCUUGCUCCGACUUACUGGAUUCCGCGAGACUCACAGGAGCAUUUGGCCGAGACUUUGUCACAUUGCUUGUUUCUUGUUUGUGGCCAGCAGGGUGGUUGUGGUAAUCCUUGUUGUCAAUCUCUUGGUCCAGCAGUCUGGAUCUUCGGAUAUUGCAUGGGCAUACCAGGAAGUCAGCUUUUCUGAGUGGGCACCGUCCAGUCCCUUCUUUACGGACCCCAGGGCCGUCAAUGCUGUUUUGAUUAUCUUGUUGGUGGCCAUUCUGUUUUCCAAUUUCUUUGCUGUUGCUGCCAUGUUACACAUGGCGAAGCCUCCCAGAAGUGUCAGUAUCACUGGCAGCCACGAGAUCACAGAGGAUGACAUUUUGAAUUCCCAAGAGAAGCAGAGCUCUAUGUCAAGCGGCCCAAAUGAAUCUGAAUCUGAAGCCUUGAGUAAGAUUCAUGGUGCUUGA